AUGUGCAGUCAGCUACCUCAAAGACUUAAUACAGUCCCUUUGAUACCGUUCUCUCCACAUUGGAGCAAAAGUCGUCGAAAAGGUGGUCAAGUUAGAUUCACAACAGAACAAACAAACAAGCUUGAAGAGAAAUUCGAAACAGAAAAAUAUCUCAGCCCACCAGAUCGCCGCGAAAUGGCGGACGCGCUUGACUUGACAGAGCGUCAAGUAAAAACUUGGUUCCAGAAUCGCCGGGCGAAAUGGCGUCGGCAAAAGACAGACGAGUCUGGAGAUGAGUCUACUACCAAAACUAACAUAAUUGACGAAUCCGAUCUUGACUCCCCACCAUCAACUAACUGA